AUGAAUUACGAUUACUUGACUGAUGAGCAGAAACAACAGCUUUACUUUCAUCAAAUGCAGGCUGAACAGCAACAACAUCAACAACAACUACAUUAUAAACAACAACAGCAUAUACAACAACAGCAGCAACAUCAACAAAAUCAACAAAAUCAACAACAACAACCUCAGCCCCCUAGACAGCCAUUCUCUACCUUUUUACAAAACAACGGAUCGAAUUCAGAUUUACCUCAAAUGGGGACAUUCCAACAAGAUUUGCAGAGACAGAACAUUCCAAACCUCAGGUUUUCUCAACAAAACCAACCAAGCGAUUUAGGACAGGAAUUUCAGGAUGAUGAUAGCUUUAUGGAUGAAGAUCUCACCGAGAUUCAUGAACAGCCUCCAAUGCAAGAAUUAAAUUCAUCACCAAUGACACAUCCACAUUCAUUUCAACAAAAUUUCCAAACGCCAACUAAAAAUGACGAUGCUAAUUUAAGGAAUCAGCAAUUUCAAUCAGUUGAUUCUGAAAGAUCAUUGGAUUUCAAACCACCCGUAACCUUCACCAAGCUCAACAACAACAGUAAUGCAGACCUUUCGAGUCCUACCGAAAGCUCAUUCUUAAAGUCGAAUUUGAAUUUGCCCAAUUCCAAUAUCCCCCCAGCCGGUGCAUCCAAUGAUCCAAAUGCUCAAAAGUCUAAUUACAUAUAUUUUAACCGUCAACCAAACUCAUUAAAUAAGAUAGCACAGGACAAGGCUUCUUCGAUAAAAUUGAAAUUAGAAAAUUAUUAUCAAAUGUCAGUUGCUCAUGCAAUUGAAAGGAACCAAAGACGAUUAGAUUUGGAACACAAAUUGUUGAAUGAAGAAAGUGGAUCGUCCGAAGAACGUAAAAAUAGACAGUUACAGAAUUUGGGUAAGAAAGAAUCCCAAUUCUUAAGAUUAAGAAGAACAAAGUUAUCCUUGGAAGAUUUCAACACUGUAAAAGUUAUUGGUAAGGGUGCUUUUGGUGAAGUUAGAUUAGUUCAAAAAAGAGAUACAGGUAAGAUCUACGCUAUGAAGACAUUAUUGAAGUCAGAAAUGUAUAAGAAAGAUCAAUUGGCACAUGUUAAAGCAGAAAGAGACGUGUUGGCAGGAUCUGAUUCCCCAUGGGUGGUUUCUUUAUAUUACUCAUUUCAAGAUGCUCAGUAUUUAUACUUGAUUAUGGAGUUUUUACCAGGGGGGGAUUUAAUGACCAUGUUGAUUAGAUGGCAAAUCUUCACCGAAGACAUCACCAGAUUCUACAUGGCAGAGUGUGUGUUGGCCAUCGAGGCCAUUCACAAGUUGGGAUUUAUUCACAGAGAUAUCAAACCAGAUAACAUUUUGAUAGAUAUCCGAGGCCAUAUCAAGUUGUCAGAUUUUGGGUUGUCGACAGGGUUCCAUAAAACACAUGAUUCAAAUUACUACAAAAAGUUGCUUGAAAAGGAGAAUCCUCAUCACACGAAUCCGCAGAAUGGCAACCUUCAGGCACCAUCAAUGGCAACCAACAAUAGGAAUUCCAUGAUGGUGGAUGCCAUCCACUUGACCAUGUCCAACAGACAACAAAUGCAGACCUGGCGUAAGUCUAGAAGACUCAUGGCGUACUCGACAGUGGGUACCCCCGACUACAUUGCACCCGAGAUAUUCGUGCACCAAGGGUACGGCCAGGAAUGCGAUUGGUGGUCGCUUGGGGCAAUCAUGUUCGAGUGCUUGAUCGGAUGGCCUCCGUUCUGCUCCGAGACCCCCCAUGAAACAUACAGAAAGAUCCUCAACUGGCAGGAAACCCUCCAGAUCCCAGACGACAUCCAUUUGUCGCCCGAAUCCGAGGACUUGAUCCGCAAACUCUUGACAAACGCAGAAAACAGACUAGGUAGAUACAACGGCGCCGACGAACUCAAACUGCAUCCUUUUUUCCGAGGUGUCGACUGGGACACCAUCAGAAAAGUCGAUGCUCCCUUCAUCCCCAAGCUCCGCUCCAUCACCGAUACAAGGUUCUUCCCUACAGACGAGCUCGAAAACGUUCCCGACUCCCCUGCCUUGUCCAAAGCAAUGGAGCAAAGAGACCAGGUGCUACAGAACGGCGGAAAUGUCAAGGAAGACUUGCCAUUUAUCGGCUACACUUACUCGAGGUUCGAUUACCUUACAAGAAAAAAUGCCUUGUAA